UUUACGGAUGACACGGUGAAUUUUGUUAUUUUUCUGCGGCGGUAAUGAUAGCAGGCUAAUAUAAAGUGCACGCUCAAGUCUCAGGAGGGAGCACAAGUAGCUAGCGCUCUUCUUUUGAAAGUAGCCUUGGCUCUGUGUGCAACAGGUCGGGAGGUACAGAGGGAACUGGACACAUACUCAAGAUACAGAAACGCGCUUGCCACAUUUAUUUGUACUUAACACGACUGGGUUGUGCCUUUCAAGGACAACUGGAUCUAGUAACAGGUGAAGCAGACAGAAAGGGGAUGUGCAAUGGCAUCGGUGCGGGUGGCUGUCCGGCUCAGGCCUAUGAACAGACGGGAGAAGGAUUUGACUGCCAAAAACAUAAUUGAAAUAAAAGGGGACAAGACCACCAUUACAAACUUGAGGAUACCAGAUGGCAUUUCCGGCGAUUCGAUGAGGGAGAGAAAAAAAACCUUCACCUAUGACUUCUCCUAUGAUUCCGCCGACAGUAAAAGCAACACUUUUGUCUCUCAAGAAAAGGUGUUCAAAGACCUGGGCUCAGAUGUCCUCAAGGCUGCGUUCCAAGGCUAUAACGCCUGCAUCUUCGCCUACGGCCAGACCGGCUCGGGGAAGUCCUACACCAUGAUGGGAAAUCCAGGAGAUGCUGGUCUCAUUCCACGGAUAUGUGAGGGUCUGUUCAGCCGGAUUGCUGGGAUGACUCGUUGGGAUGAGGCCUCAUUCCGCACUGAGGUCAGCUACCUGGAGAUCUACAAUGAACGUGUCAGGGACCUGCUCAGGAGGAAGUCUACCGAAACCUACAACCUGAGGGUGAGGGAGCACCCAAAAGAUGGACCCUACGUGGAAGACCUGUCCAAGCACUUGGUGCAGAACUAUCAUGACGUGGAGGAGCUGAUGGAGGCGGGCAACAUCAACCGCACCACAGCCGCCACGGGCAUGAACGACACCAGCAGCCGCUCUCACGCCAUCUUCACCAUCAACUUCACCCAGGCUAAGUUUGACGCGGAGAUGCCCUGUGAGACGAUCAGUCAAAUCCACCUGGUGGACUUGGCGGGCAGCGAGAGAGCGGACGCUACCUGUGCCACGGGAGUCCGGCUCAAGGAGGGCGGCAACAUCAACAAGUCACUGGUCACUCUGGGCAACGUCAUCUCCGCUCUAGCGGACCUGAGCCAGGACGGAGUGAACACCAACUUGAAGAAGAAGCAGGUGUUUGUGCCUUACAGAGACUCUGUGCUAACGUGGCUCCUCAAAGACAGCCUGGGAGGCAACUCCAAGACCAUCAUGAUCGCUACCAUUUCACCUGCUGACGUCAACUACGGCGAGACGCUGAGCACUCUGCGCUACGCCAACCGCGCCAAGAAUAUCAUCAACAAGCCCACUAUCAACGAGGACUUCAACGUCAAGCUCAUCCGAGAGCUCAGGGCUGAAAUCGCCCGGCUGAAGGCCCUUCUGGUCCAGGGAAACCAGAUUGCACUUCUGGAUUCACCCACUGCUCUGAGUAUGGAGGAGAAACUACACCAGAAUGAAGCCAGAGUGUUGGAGUUAACCAAGGAGUGGACUAAAAAGUGGAAUGAAACUCAGAACAUUCUCAAGGAAGAAACCCUUGCCCUAAGGAAAGAUGGAAUCGGUGUCGUCCUUGAUUCGGAGUUGCCUCAUCUAAUUGGUAUCGACGAUGACCUCCUAAGUACUGGCAUCAUCCUCUACCAUCUAAAGGAGGGCAGGACAUAUGUUGGUCGAGACGAUGCGUCGACUGUUCAGGACAUUGUUCUCCAUGGGCUGGACCUGGAGAGUGAACACUGCAUGUUUGCGAACCAGACUGGCACCGUCACCCUGGUUCCACUCAAUGGAGCCCAGUGCUCUGUGAAUGGAGUGCAAGUGACAGAAGCCUCCCCACUAAACCAAGGUGCUGUUGUCCUACUGGGGAGAACCAACAUGUUCCGUUUCAACCACCCUAAAGAGGCAGCUAAACUAAGGGAAAAGAGGAAGAGUGGACUGCUCUCCUCCUUUAGUCCGUCUAUGACCGAUCUCAACAAAUCAUGUGAGAACCUCUCCACAGUAAUGCUCUACAACCCAGGGUUGGAAAUUGAGAGGCAGCAACGGGAAGAGCUGGAGAAGCUGGAACACAAAAGGAGGCUGAUUAAGGAGAUGGAAGACAGGCAGAAGUGUGAGAAGGCGGAGCUGGAGCGCCUGCAACACGAGGUGACGUCCCAGCGCAAGGAGUCUGAGCAGGUGCAGCAGCGCAUCCGCCACCAGGAGGAGACACUCCGCUGCCGCAGCCAGGACAUCGAGAGCCGCCUGCGCGACCUCUUGACUGAGAAGCAGCGCUUUGAGGAGGAACGCCACCGCGAGACCAAGGAGCUGGAGCUACAGAGGCGGCUGAAGCAGCAGGAGGAGCGCGAGGAUGAGAAGCCACAGGACGAGGAGGCGCGCCGCCAUAGCGAGGCGGCAGAGCGUGCCGAGCUGACAGAGAUUUUCCGUGAGCUGGAACGGCUGAAGCGGGAGAACGAGGAGCAGGCGGUGCGGCUGGAGGCGGAGAGGCGGAGGCUGGAGGAGGGCGAGCUGGAGCAGCUAGGCCUGGUUGGGCGCCUGGAAGAGCAGCUGAGGGAGCGCCACGAGGCGGCGGCUGCCCUGUUGACCCGCGAGGACACCCGGCGACUGGAUGAGGAGCGCCGUGCCUUGGCCGAGAUCCGCGAGGCCCUGCUCUGCGCCAAGGAGGCCAGCGGGCGCUCCGACUGUGAAGAAAUGGGUGUGGAGGCUGGGCACGCCGCCCAGGUCCGUUACACGGACUUCAAGGCAGCACAGGUGGAGGAGCUGGGUCAGUUGGAGGAGAGGCUCCUGCAGCAGAAGAAGUGCCUGGAGAAGGAGGUGGCUUCAGAGCGCGCUGCCCUGGCCCUCCUGGUCCACGCCCAUAAGGAGCGGCAGCGAAAGCUGCGAGAGACCCAGGAGAAGGGAGCACAGGACGCCUCUGAACUCUCCCAAGAGGAGCAGCGGAUGCACCAGGCCGAGCAGCGCCUCCUCUUUAAGGAGCGCCGGCUAGCCAGCCUAACCGACAGCCUCUUGCCGGCGGUGGCCGAGGAGAGGCAGAGGGCGGAGGAGCUGCUGAAACUCGGAACCUCCACUGGUGCUGACAGCAUAUCCAACAUAUCCCUGGGACUAGACAACACCCUGUACCAGGUGGAGAAGGAACUUGAGGAGAAGGAGGAGCGCCUUAACUCUCACUGCGCCAGUGCCGAGCAGCUUCAGCAGUUGCAGGAGACGUACGAGUUCACGGCCAACGUGGCGCGCCAGGAGGAGAAAGUGCGGCGCAAGGAGAAGGAGAUCCUGGAGUCGCGGGAGAAGCAGCAGCGUGAGGCCCUAGAGCAGGCGGUGGCGCGCCUGGAGAGAAGGCACUUAGCGCUGAGGCGCAGUGUCUCGCUGGUCCCCGAUAGUGAGGAAUCCAGGCGCACGGCCUCCAUUCUGGGGCCCGUGCGGGAACUCGACCAGAAGAGGGUGGAGCGGGAGAUCCAUAAGCUGAAGCAGAGGAUCAGUAAAACUGAGGGAAGUGGAAGGAGUCACACUGGGAGCGGCGAUGAAAAGACCAGUCUCAGCACCCCCCCUGUCAGCCCAAUCCAGAGCCUACCCCCAGUGCUUCCUAUCGCAGAUGACGGGUACAGUGCCUUCAGAAAGAUAAAUGCAUAUAUUGAGGAGGAGGUUAAGAGAAGGUUACAGAAGCUGAACCGCAUCAAUGGUGACAAAAACAGUGAGCUCUCACUUUCAUCUGAAUCUCUGCAGGAGGACAAAGAAGUUAAUGAUUCUAGCUCUGUUAGAUUAACAGAUGAGGAUGACAACAAGCUGCAAAACCCUGUCAACCCUAGGAAAUUGAAAUAUGAGAAAGACUCCAUGCCCGUGCUGUGGCGUAGCUACCUGUAUGUCCCAGGACUUGAGACGAGCACUCAUCUGGAAGGGCAUCCAACAAGUUCAGAAGAAGGUGGCAAAGACCACUCGGAGUUAGAUAAAAUUCACAAUCCAGAAGGGGAAACCAAAGUCUUGGCACAGAAGGGAAUAUUGCCUUAUAAAGAGGGUGAAAAAGCAAAAUGGUGGCAGGUGGGAGUGAAGGGGAAGGUUGACCAAGCUGAGAGCGAGAACAAUGGCUGUGAUUUUAAAACCAAGGACUGGGGAUUUAGGUCUACAAACACCAUAGUCAGUGAGGAUGGAAGUAACAGCCAAUGUAGCCCAGAUGAGGGAGUAACCAAUUUUAGUUGCUGCAUUGUUGACAAGACCAAAAGUCUAUCAUAUUCUCAGUCCAGAGAAACCAGAACAGAGAACCCAGUGUUGCACGGACUCACACAGUUUGACUCUGUGGAAGCUACCAAAGACCAAGUUCAGAACACAAGCAAGACAAGUAACGACACUGCAACCAUGAUCAACUCUGAAGUCCCCAUACUGACACAAAGUUCAAAGAGACAAAUCGUCAUCAAGGGCUACUUUGGUCUCAACAAGAUCCCCAAAGAGUCUGUAAAUGGGCAGGUGCAGAGGAAUCUGGUAACUUCAGAACCGGAUCGACUAACCAAGGAACUGGGAGCCAAACAGAGUUACGUCCUUGGAUACUUGGCAGGCAAGCUGUCUGGAGUUUACAACGACGCUGGACGAUAUCUGCAGAGUACACGGGAUAUCAUUAGGCAGGUUCGAGCAGGAGAGACUUCAGCAUUGACUACUACAUUCUCUCAGUACAUGACCAUAGUUACAAAAGAUCUUCCAUUUGUUCAGAAAAAGCAGCUUGACCAUUCAAUGAAACCCGACUCAAGGCAGAAUAAAGUUCAUUUUGCCAAUUUGACAGGCAAUUGCCUUUUCAAUGUACCUGAGAAAGGUCAUAUGUCUGCAAUUACGGACAUUUCAUUAUGGCCUAAAGGCUCUGUGACAACCUACAAAGACGGGAAGCCUGUAGUUUAUUGUCAGACGCUCGUGCAGUUUCCCAUCUUCCUUUCGGAAUUACAGUCUCUUCCACUUCAGAAGAUUCUCAUUCGUUUGUAUUGUGUGACGCCCAAAAUCGCUGCCACUUCCCACCACCUUUUGGGUAUCUACUGGCUAAGCGUUGCCAAUUGCAAACAGCCUACACCACAACCAAGUUGCUUACUGUUAUCUGAAACCGACCUCUAUGCAGUCUCCGCUGGUACUGGUUUAGGUAACAACCAGCCUUUGGCAGUUUUUCAGCACUUCAGUCUCUUGCACAUCAAGGAGAUCCAAGUGAGCUUUGCUGGGCAGCAUGUACGACUCCUGGGCUCCACUGAAGACACCAUCUUGGUCAUCUUCACCCACAGCAAAGAGCUUACCCAGGAGCUAUGCUGUACCCUGCUGAAAAUCCUUGCCCCGGCAGAGGUUCAGGAAGGCCCAGGAGCCCACCCCUUGCUUCGUGGAGACCUCUCACGCCUCUCUCUGGACUGGAGGUCCCACGUUCCAGACCUCCUGCUGGAUUGUGGCCUCUGUGUUACCUCACGCUUUAAGAGGAUCAUGGCUGACCUGCUCUACAUCCUGCACGGCAACAUGGAAGGACCCAACAAGCCCUCAUUGGCUGACAUACACCUUCUUAUCUACACUUCCAUCAAGGUGGAAAACUAUUCCACCUCCCGCCAAGAUGUCCUUUGCCAGUUCUUUCUCACAGACAACCACAUAGGCCUGGUGCAAGAGGAUGUUGUGUUUCACCCGGUACCUCGAGGCUCAACUCUGGUUCCCAUCCAACCCCAGUUUCAGGGAGUAGAGCUGCGCAGACGCUCAGACAUCCGAUGUGUGCUUGUGAGACACAGCGAUAGAUGUAUGGUGCUUGACAUCGCAUUCUCCACGGCUCACAAAGGGCAGAAUGAGACCAAAAGAAAGACCAGGAAAGGCGUCGCCAUUGUCCCUUUUCCUUCUGAUUGCAGGCCCCCAGCUGAUUCCUGGAAAUUAACUUUCAGCUCUACCUCGGAUGCAGCAAUCCUUAUCAAUCAUCUGUCAACCUGAUUUUAAGGCUGUGCUUACAGGUCAUAAAAGGAUGUCAUGCUAGUAGGUAAUAAAAGGAAAGGAGUUUAACUGCCACUGCAGGCCUGAAGUGUAAUGACCGUGCCGUCCUGCUGAACUCUUUUCUUUCAUUCAGCGUUGCACUUGAGCAAGAAAGCCAUGGUGAGUUGGCAGUUAUGAGGUUAAUCAUCAGCUAGCUAGACUGAUGACAUUAGGGUUUGCAUACUAUAAGAGUUUAGCAACAUUAUCGCAAAUAUUCUACUUGUAAAUCCUAUUUUGUUUGAGCAUGACGGCACCGCCAUACCACUUCAAUAUGUAUUUAACACUGUUUAAAUGAUUUUUUUGAUUAGUUGAAAAUUAUAUUUAAAAAAACAACAAAAAACAUCAUUAUUGUAACAUGGGAACCAUGCCUGUUGUAAUUGUUAACGUACAUCCACAAUGUCAAUGUAACAUUUUAUUGAAACGUAUCUACAGAAUCCUCAUGAACAUUGUGUUAUAAGAAAAUACAUGUCCAUAUUAUGAAUAUAGAUCAAAUACUAAAAUGUAAAGGUGUAACUCCAAUGGCUGCUAUUGAUUUUAAAGUAUUUUAUAGUAUAUUUGAAUGCUUCUCUUAACAUACUGCCAAUGUGGUGGUACACCUUAAUCAAAUCGUUGUCACUUUAAGAACAGUUUUACUCACAAACCUAAUUGUUUUGUAUUGGUGUUGUUGAUUAAUUGGAUAUUUCAUAGAUUUUCUUCCCCACUACAGGGAAUAGGUUGACCUUUUUGUUUAGUCAACUUAGCUCUCCUUCUCUGUUCUUACAUGAAUGCUCACAUCAAUCAUUUUUGGCUGGUGAAAUUGUUUUCUUCAAUAUGUUUGUGUAUACGUUUAUGCAUAUCAAUCAUAUGGUAAUGUGCAAUAUGGUUUUGAGGACUAUGUGUGAAAAGUAACAUGAAGAAUGUCUGAUGUACAAUAUGACUUGUGACUAUGAUCACUGUAAUAAUGUUAAUAAAAUAUGUUUAAUUGUUUUAACAAAAAAAUAAAGAUGGUGUUCUGUAUAA